AUGGGUGCCACCACCCAGUUGACUCCAGCUGCUGCAGCUGCUGCCCGUGAAAAUGCCUAUAUCCUGGGACUUUCAAGGGACAGACGUAGUCCAGCGUCUGCCUCCUCUCCGGCGCCAACCCCCAAGAACAUCACCUUUCCAGCACCCACCGACAAAUACCUCCUGGAGACCAACUCCAGGGCUUCUGGGAGCCGAGGAGGGACAGGAAGAGGACCGUCGCAGACGGUCUUAGCGUCCCGGGAUACGCGUCCCCGCCAGGGCACCGAGUUUGGUGCCGCCUCGGAUUCUAGUGCUCGGGUGACCACCACCGCCGGCGCACUCACCCCGCGUGUCUCGAACAACCCACCUGGAAGCUGGAACCCCAUAAUGGUGGCCCAAGGUAUUCUCUGGAUCCUGCUUGGCUUGCUAUUGUGUCCGGAGCCUGGGACAGCCUCCUAUCCGCUACUCAUGGACUUCGUCAUCCAGGCCCUGGGUGAGUUUGAACAGAAGGCACCGGCAACUGAAGCCAGACCUAAAGCCUCAGCGUGGCUGCUGUCAGCCCAGGACACUAGCCCCAGUGACCUUUUCCAUAGCUUCCUGCUAGAGGGGCAAGGCCUCAAGGACAUCAAACUGGAUCCCCUCUUACUGAGCCCAGAACUUCAAGAUCUAAUGGAGAAAGUAGCUCAGCAUGGUGUACGGGAUGGGCAGGAGUAUGGGGUAGUGCUAGCACCGGAUGGCUCAACUGUGGCUGUGCAACCGCUGCUGGCUGGACUGCAGGCGGGGCUGCUAGGGCGCAGGGUGGUGAACUUGCCCUUGAAUAACACUGCCCCACCUGGAAAUACAGGAAACACCUUUCCAAAUAUUAGAGUUACCGUUUCAGAGGUAAGAGCCACUUCUCCAGAAUUCAAAGUUAUCUCUCCAGAUGUGGAAGCCACCUCACCAGAUACCAAAGCCACGUUGCCCACCAGUGUGGACAGCCUCUUAGCCGUCACUCUGGCCAGAGACCUGGGCCUCACCUUUCUUCAGGACCUCCAGACCCAGAACCAUCCUGUUCUGGGAACUGAGGGCUGUUGGGACAAGUUGAAUGCUCCCCAGACCUUCACCCUCUUGGACCGCAAAGCCUCGCCACUCACCACGGCCUUCCUUAAUGGUGCCCUGGAUGGGGCCCUCUUGGGAGACUACCUGAGUCAGACCCCUGAACCCAAGCCACCCCUCAGCCUCCUGCUGAGCCAAUACUAUGGUGCUGGUGUGGCUGGAGAGCCAGAGCUCCGAAGCAACUUCCGACGGCAGAAUGGGGCUGUCCUGACCUCAGCCCCCACCUUGACCCAGGAGAUAUGGGGGACCCUCCUACUGCUGCAGAGACUGGAGUCCGCACACCCCCAGCUGCAUGGAAUGAGCGGAGAUCAGCUGGCUCAAGUGGCCAGCCAUGCCACCAAAGAGUUCACCGAGGUUUUCCUGGAAUGCCCCGCCAUCCACCCUCGCUGCCGCUGGAAUCCAGAGCCCUAUGUGGGACAACCGACGCCGCUGAAGCUGCCACUCGGCUUCUUGUAUGUGCAUCACACGUAUAUACCCAAGUUGCCCUGCACCGAUUUCGUUCACUGCUCUGACAACAUGCGCUCCAUGCAGCGCUUCCACCAGAAAACCAGGGGCUGGGAUGACAUCGGCUAUAGUUUCGUGGUGGGCUCCGACGGCUACGUGUAUGAGGGCCGCGGCUGGCACCGCGUGGGCGCACACACGCGCGGCUACAAUUCCCGAGGCUUCGGAGUGGCCUUCGUGGGUAACUACACGGCAGAGCUGCCCACCGAGGCGGCGCUCCGAACUGUGCGCGAAGAGCUCCCGCGAUGCGCCAUGCGCGCCGGUUAUCUGCGACCCGACUACAAGGUGCUUGGCCACCGCCAGCUUGUGAGCACCUCUUGCCCAGGCGACGCGCUCUUCAACCUGCUACGCACUUGGCCACGCUUCACUGAUGUGAAGUCAAGAACUGUUAGGAGGACCUCUUGGAGGUCCAGGAAGGAGCCACCCCUAAUCUUACCAGCUGAAGAUUCCCAAUAA